GUUUUUUAGAAAAAUAAGCGUGUUAUUUUUUUAUUCUGAUUUUUCAGAACUGGGCUUGCAAAUUUAACAUCUAUUGCAUCUAGUGUGAGGUUGUGCAGAAGAUGAUUAGUUUUUUUUAAUUCUUUUUUUCUUUUAUUUUUUUUAUUUGUUUUAGUGUUGUUUUAUGCUUGUUUUGUUAUAAUUUAUUUAUUUCAUGUCGAUUUUAGUGUUCUUGCUCUAUGUCGCAAGAAUUAAUGGUUAUUUUUCAGUUGUUCUCGUGUUGCUGUGGUGGAUCUGUCCGUAGGUUUGGAAGAUGGAAUCUAUAAAUACAUUUCUUCUUCUUUUUCUAUUGGUUAUUUUUGUGGUUUUUUUUACUUUUAUUCUCCUAUAAAUACAUUUGACGAGCUCACUGACAAAAGGGUUUUGAGGUGUGUGGUUUUUUUAUGAUUUUCUAAGUGGUUAUUUUUGCUUCAUUGUUUUACAUUUAUUUUGUGUUGGUUUAGGUUUUUUUUAGUAUUUUUUUUAUUCUGAUUUUUCAAGACUGAGCUUGUAAAUAUAGACGCUAUUGCAUAUGGUGUUAAUGUUGUGCAUAAGAUGUUUGGUUUUUUUUAAUCUUUUUUUGUUUUUUUAUUUGUUUUAGUGUUGUUUUACCGUUGUUAUGCCAUGAUUAUUAUUUAUUUUUCACUAUUUUUGUUCAAUCUCACCGAAAUUAAUGGUUAUUUUCCAGGUGUGUUCGUAUUUUUAUGGUAGUUCUGUGCGUGGGUAUGGAAGAUGGAGACAUUAUUCUUGAUAUUCGGUGUCUACAAUAUAAAAGAAAAAAAAAGCUCAGGGCAGUAUAAAAGUAAUUUUUACCGUGUAACAGUAAAAUUGUAAACAUUUGUUUAAAACCCAGUAUUUUGGUAACUUUCCAUUAACUUUUAUUGGUUUUAUUAAAAUUUGGGUUGAUUGGAUAGUUUUUUGUUGUAUUAGCCCAUAUUGUUGGUGGUCAAUAGUUAAUGAGCUUAGCUACUAUGUGUAAAGUCUAGGUGAAGCAGAAUAGGCCCUUUAACUGAAACUUUUGAUGAACAGGGCUCAGUCCAACUAGGGCUAUAUAUGUAGCUAAGUCCCCUUCCUAAUUCUAUAAAUAUAUAUUGUCUCAUCACAAUUGUAUAUACUUUUGAUAAUCAGAUAAAUAAAUUGCUUCUGAUUUAGAGAUCUAGGGAGGAAGACUUAUUUGAUAGUAUUGCAUUAUGAAAUUAUGGUAAUUGUUAUGGAUCAAUUAAGUACGCAUACUUAAUUAUUAUAUGUUAUUAUUGUGUUGUAUGUUAUAUAGCAAUAAAUGUUGAAUUUAUUAUUAAUUUAUCUAACAUUAUAUGCUUAUAUAUUGGGAAAAAGAAAGACCAAGACUUACAAAUUGUGGUAUAUUAGUACCAGAGAGAUCAUUAUUCGAUCAAGAGAAAAGGAGAGAAGAGCAUCAUAUAUAUAUAUAUAUAUAUAUAAAGGUAUAUAUAAUAAAGGGUAUGGAGUGGUCAUCAUCAUCAGAAAAUUACAUAGGUUUAACACCAAUAAGCUUCUUAGAAAGAGCAGGAGAUGUUUUUGGAGAUGAAACUUCAAUAAUUGAUUAUGAUCAUAAUAUCUCAUUUUCAUGGUCUCAAACUCAUCGAACAUCUCUUCAACUCUCUUAUGCUCUCAUCCAUUUAGGAAUCUCUCCCCAUGAUCUUGUGGUUGCCAUUGCACCAAACAUUCCAGCUCUUUACGAGUUACACUUUGGGGUUCCAAUGGCAGGUGCAAUCCUCUCUGCUCUUAAUUACACCCUAGAUCAUACCACAUUAGCCAACAUAUUUCUCCAACUAAAUCCUAAAUUCAUUUUUGUUGACUACCAAUUUCUUGAUCUUGUUCUUAAAGCAUUGCACUCUCUCACACAAAAUCAUAAUCAUAUUAAUAACCAUCAACCACCACCAACCCUUGUCCUUAUUCCACCUAAUAUACAAUCCUCAUCAUCUUCUUCUUCAUCUUUUAAUUUGCCACAAGGUUCCUUGGAUUAUAACCAAUUGCUUGAGUUAGCACCACCACCUCAUCUUCAUAAGUUUGAGAUAGUACGACGACCAAAUGAUGAACGCGAUCCAAUCUCAGUGAACUACACUUCAGGCUCCACAGGAAACCCUAAAGGAGUUGUGUAUAGCCAUCGAGCUGUGUAUCUCAACUCCAUGGCAAAUAUUAUCAACAUGGGCAUGGCUAGGAGUACUAUUACUAGUACUACUAGACAUGCUACUGUCUUUUUAUGGACAGUAGACAUGUUUCGUUGCAAUGGUUGGUGUUUUCCUUGGGCGAUUGCAGCCAUUGGUGGAACCAAUGUCUGCCUUAGAAACAAUGACAUCUCCGCAGAUGUCAUAUUCGACGCCAUUACUCAACACAAAGUUACUCACUUGUGUGGGAAACCUACCCUUUUGAGCAUUCUGGCUAAAGCAUCGGAAAAUAAUAAGCCAUUAUCAUCGAGAGUGGAGCUUGUGGUUGCAGGAACACUCCCGUGUGAGCAUGUUAUGAAGAAGGUGAGCGAGCUAGGGUUUAACAUAAGCAACGGUUAUGGUAUGACUGAGGCUCUUGGUCCAAUUAUUAUCGAACCAUGGAUACCUAAUGAUAAUGUAAAAGCAAAACACGACCAACGUUUAAGGAGUAGUGUUAUAACAAUGGAAGGAUUCGAUGUAAAAGAUUCAAAAACCAUGGAGAGUGUUCCAAAAGAUGGGAAAACAAUUGGCGAGAUCAUGUUAAGAGGAAAUACUUUGAUGUCUGGGUAUGUAAAAAACCCUAAUCAUAAUAACAAAGAAACUCAUAGUGGUUUCAAAGAAGGGUGGUAUAGAACAGGAGAUGUCGGAGUGAGGCACCCAGAUGGGUAUGUAGAAAUGAAAGAUAGAGCCGUGGAUGUUGUGAUAAGUAGAGAAGGCCAUGUUGUGAGCACACUCGAGGUUGAGGCUGUGCUAUUGUGUCAUCCUCUUGUGUCGGCGGUUGCUGUGGUUGGAAGAAGAUUGUGCAAAGAAACUAAUGAUGCUAAUGAGCAAUGUUCAUCAAAUAUUAGUAGUCUUUGCGCUUUUGUCAAGUUGAAGAUAGAGAAUACUAAUACUAGUAAUGCUAUUAGUUCUCAAGAUAUUAUUGAGUUUUGUAAGGAGAGAAAUUUGCCAAGUUAUAUGGUUCCAAAUGUUGUUAUAUUUGGAGAUUUGCCUCUUAAUCCAACUGGGAAGGUUCAGAAAUUUGCUCUUAGGAACAAGGUCAACAACUCCAAUAAUGGUAUUAUAUUCUAAAUUUAUCAUAUGAUGACGAUGAUAAAAAAAUUAUGAACAAAUUAUUAUUA